AACAGCUGUUUGACAUAGCAACAGGGAUAUUCUGUCAAGGUGUCUCUCUAGCAUUUGUUCUUAAUACCGUUGUGGUUUUGAUCACUAAAAUGGCUGUGACUUUUGGACUCUCGUUGAGUGUUUCUUGGAUUUGCUGUCUGCUAAUUGGAGGGAUAACUUGUUUUACACUUAAAGGUAAUUCUAAUGGGCAUCAUGCCUACACUGGACCUGAACCAACUGGAUCCUAUGCCAAAGCAAGUGUGGUGCCUAGUCCAAAUGCUAAAGCUACUGGCCACAAUGCCACGUCAGCAGAAGCUACUGGCCACAAUGCCACGUCAGCAGAAGCUACUGGCCACAAUGCCACGUCAGCAGAAGCUACUGGCCACAAUGCCACGUCAGCAGAAGCUACUGGCCACAAUGCCACGUCAGCAGAAGCUACUGGCCACAAUGCCACGUCAGCAGAAGCUACUGGCCACAAUGCCACGUCAGCAGAAUCUACUGGCCACAAUGCCCCGUCAAGUGUGAAGUCCGGCCCCGGCGCCUCAGCAGAAGCGUCCGGCGCCUCAGCAGAAGCGUCCGGAGCCUCAGCAGAAGCGUCCGGCGCCUCAAAGAAAAGGUAA